AUGAGUAAUAUUCAGGCGUGCUCAACUAACUUAUCCACAUGGCACAAGUCAAAAUUUGGAUCCUUAUCCAAAGACAUCAAAGAAACCCAUUCACAAAUUAUUCGUUUGCAUAAUUCACAAAAACAUAUGGAAGACCAUAGUGAGUUACGACAAACAGAAAGAAAAUUGGAUGAUUUAUUGCACAAAGAGGAAGUCUUUUGGCAUCAACGAUCCAGAAUACAAUGGCUAAAAGCAGGAGACCAAAAUACAAAAUUCUUUCAUCAAAAGGCAAGAGAGCAACAAAAGAACAAUUCAAUUAAAGGCAUUUUCAAUGAUGGAAAUGAAUGGUGCACAAGUGAUAGUGAGAUCAGCGAGAUCACAAUGAAGUUCUACAAUUCUCCCUUCACUUCUUCGUCUCCUUCAGAAGAAAAAAUUGAAGAACAAUUACAAGGAGUUCAUACUUCUAUUUCAGAUGAGACGAACAUGAGUUUAGAAGCCCCAUUUUCCUUGGAGGAAAUAAAAGAUGCAGUCUUCUCUAUGUCUGUAGAUAAAAGCCCAGGUCCAGAUGUUCGAUAUUCGUUUCAAAUUAAUGGAGUAAUCUAUGGAGAAGUAAUUCCAUCAAGAGGGUUGAGACAGGAGGACCCUCUAUCACCUUAUCUUUUCCUGGCAUCUGAGAGAUCUCUACAAGCUAUACAAAACAUUUUUUCUCUAUACUCGACAUGUUCUGGACAGAUGAUCAACUUUACAAAGUCUUUAUUAUAUUUUUCUCCAAAUACUUCGGAAGAGAUUGCCACUUUGUAUACAUCCUCGCUAAAUAUGCAAAUAACUGAUUCUAUAGAAACAUAUUUGGGUCUACCAAUGUUGGGAGGUAAAAAUAAGAGAAUUUUGUUUAAUUCAAUAAAAGACAAAGUUUGGAUGAAGUUACACUUAUGGCAAUCAAAGUUUUUUUCUCAAGCUGGUAAAGAAAUCUUACUUAAAGAUGUUAUCCAAGCUAUGCCAACUUAUCUAAUGUCAUGCUUCCGUAUACCAGAAGGUUUGUGCCAAGAAAUUAAAAGAAUACAAGCCCGAUAUUUGUGGGGUUCUACUACUGAACAAAAGAAAAUUCAUUGGUGCGCUUGGCAUAAAGUGUGUAGACCAAAGUGUGAGGGAGGAUUGGGAUUCCAUGGUUUUAUUCAGUAUAAUCAGGCACUUCUGGCAAAACAGGCUUGGCGAUUACUAAUAAACCCUACAUCCCUUCUUGCAAAAGUAUUCAAGGCAAGAUACUAUCAACAUACAAGUAUACUGGAGGCUAGAGAAGGUCAUUAUCCUUCAAUAACAUGGAGAAGUAUCAUCUGGGGUAGGGACCUUUUACAAAGAGGAUUGCGAAGACGUAUAGGAAAUGGAAAAGAAACUUUGGCCUUUAGUGAUCCAUGGAUCCCAAGACCUCCAUCUUUUCUCCCGAGUACAAUUGAUAUAUCUGAUCCCCUUAGAGUACAUGACCUCAUUGAAACUCCUGGUUCAUGGAACAUGAUACGAGUCCAACAAUUAUUUAAUGUUGCUGAUGCCCAAAACAUCUUAACCAUACCUCUAACUCAAUUUGAUCAUCCAGAUUCCUGGCUUGGGCACUAUACAAAUCAUGGGAACUAUUCUGUCAAAAGUGGGUUUAAUCUAGCCUCAGCUAUGGAAAUUGCACUGCCCUCUUCAUCUGUUACAUUAAUAGCAAUGUGGUGGAAGUCCUUUUGGGGAAUCAAAAUACUUCUACAUUUUGCUUGGAGAGGCUACCAUGAAAUUUUUCCCACCCUUAAAGGUUUAAAUCAACGCAAUAUCUCUAAACACAGUGUUUGCCCACUAUGUGGUUUCAGAGAGGAUUCUAAUGAACAUGCUGUCUUUUGGUGUCCUUCCUCUAAAGAAAUAUGGGAUCGGUGGGAUUAUCCUUUCAUGUCACAUAGGAAAGAAGACAUUUCCUUUAAGGAGAUUCUACUCUAUGCCUCUGAAAUUUUGGAAAAAGCAAACUUUCAAAAAAUGCUCAUCAUAGCUUGGGCAAUUUGGUUUGAGAGGAAUAAAAGAACCCAUGAACAUCCAGCAAGACAAGGACACCAAGUGUUUGAAUGGGUAACCCGAUAUUGGGAGUCGAUAAGAAGUACACAGAGAACGACAGAGCAACCCAUACAAAAUGCAACAUCUACAAAUCAAAGAAGAGAAGAUUCGGGGAAUCAAUCCAAUAUCUUAUCAGUAGAUGCUGCAUUAUCUAACCAGACAGAAACGAUAGGAUUUGGAGCAAUCAUUCUCUCCCCAGAGAAUGAAGUUAUUGCAGCUUUAUCUAAGCCCUUAAAAGAAAUGGACUCAAAAAAUGUGUUCGACAUUUACAGCGCUCCUGAAGUGGCCGAAGUUCCCUUGGUCAGAAAGAAGUCGAGUAGGCGACACGCUGGGGAAUGUAGCCAGACGCCUUUGGGUAAGAAGAACCGAACCGUGGGGCCCUCGGCGGAUGGGCCUUCUGCUCAACCUUCUACCCAACCUCCUUCUCCUCGCGAGCAACAAAUUCCACCUCCAACUGCUUCUACUGCAACAACACCCUCACCCCCGACCCCAACCAAACAGACUCAGCAGGCUGGCGCUGCUUCCCCUGGGGGUGAGUUAUCGAGUCGCGCCUUGAGGUUGGCCAAAGACAGGCUUGCCAAGAUUCUCAAGCAUGACUGCUGUAAGGAGGCCAUGGCUGGGACAGAGUCAAUGGGGAUCAACCAGAUCCUCAACAGAGCCCUCAAUGAGAUGGCCAGUGCAAUGCUAACUCUUACGGCCACUCGUCUUCACUCGGGUGUGAACACCGAGUAG